AUGCAAAUUGAAAAAAACGUUUUAACCCAGUUGAAGAAGAAGAAAGUUGAUUCAAGUUCACUUUCAACUAAACUUUUACUUUCUUUCUUAGUUUAUUUAAAACCGAAGAAAGAUUUGGAUCUUAAUAAAAAAAAAAAGUUGAAAUUAAAGAGAAAAAUGAGUUCGGAAAACAGGGGAGAAAUUUUAUUUGAAAGAUUUGAAUUUCGUGGUACGAGAAUCGCACCACCCACGACACUUAUGAUCGGUACCGCUUUGUUAACACAACUGAUAGUGUUAUCAGGGGUUGCCAUAAUAAUGGGAGUUGCUGUUGUCACAAUGUGUGCUUUCGUAUUUGAACUUUUUCUUUUAACAGCGGUUGCAACAAUUUUAGAACGUGGUGUCGUUGAUGUUGAAGAUUUUGGUACUUUAAUGGAAUUAUCAGCAACCGUUUUGAUAACGGUUAUCACUUUAACAUUAGCAGUUUUGGGAGGUAGUGGGGAUUCUACUAAAAAUUCUGAUAUUUUUAAAGGACUACCAUUGGCCGCAUUAAAAUUUAGUUAA